GUGAGUCUUCCGAAACGGAGCCAGGGAUGCUAGAUGAGACAGAGGGCAAAAGAGGACGAGAACUAGAAGCAUUUUCUGAUGAAUCCAAAGAAAUUGCUCCUACAUUGUCUUGCUCAGGCAUUGAAAUGGAACGUUUGUGUGUGAUUCUGCUGCUUGUAAGUAAAACUUUCAUGGUGAAUGCGCAAUUCAAUGGGUUCAACUGUGAUGCCAACUUCCACAGCCGCUUCCCCGCUGAGCGGGACAUCAGCGUGUAUUGUGGAGUCCAAACCAUUACGCUGAAGAUUAAUUUUUGCCCGGUGCUUUUUUCUGGCUACACCGACACUGACCUGGCGCUGAACGGGCGGCACGGGGAUGCCCACUGCCGAGGGUUCAUUAACAACAACACGUUCCCGACGGUUGUGCUGUUUAGCAUCAGUCUCAGCACGCUGGAAGCCUGUGGAAACUCACUUGUGGUCUCUACGGCUCAGGGGCCCAACGCCUAUGGGAAUCUCUCCUUGGUCCAGAUUGGGAAUAUAGCAGGAUACAUUGACACUCCGGAUCCCCCGACGGUUAUCAGCUACCUACCGGGACUGCUUUACAAGUUCAGUUGUAGUUACCCUCUGGAAUACUUGGUUAACAAUACACAGCUUGCUUCGUCGGCUGCAGCGAUAUCAGUGAAGGACAGCAAUGGCACUUUUGUGAGCACGCUGAAUUUACUUCUAUACAACGACUCCACAUACGUCCAUCAUCUUGCCAUCCCAGUGUCUGGACUCACUCUGAAGACGCGAGUGUUCGCCGCCGUAAAAGCCACCAACCUAGACAGAAGGUGGAACGUUUUGAUGGACUACUGUUACACGACUCCUUCUGGGAAUCCUAAUGAUGAGCUCCGAUACGAUCUUUUCUUUGGAUGUGAUAAGGACCCACAGACAACGGUGUUUGAGAACGGGAAGAGCCAGAUGGGCCGCUUCUCCUUCGAGGUGUUCCGCUUUGUCAAGCACAAGAACCAGAAAAUGUCCACCGUCUUUCUGCACUGUGUGACCAAGCUGUGUCGCUCUGAUGACUGCCCCCUGCUCUUGCCUAUCUGUGGUAAGAGGAAGAAAAGGAACACGUCGGAAAGAACUGCUGUUGCCUCUGACAAUGCAGUCAUGACUGCCGGGCCCAUCAUCACUCGAAGUGAUGAAACUCCCACCAAUAAUUCCCAAAUAGCACAGUUAAACAGCCCUCCAUUCAAAAUGAAUUCAGUGACGAGCGCCUUGAUUUCUGCCAUCGCGAUCCUCGCCGUUAUGAGCAUGUGUUUCUUCAUCCUGUCUCUGUCUCUGCUGAAAGGGAAAUAUACGCCACCAACACCUCUAUCAGGAACCCACAACCCAGCGUUCAGCUAA